UACUCAAGGGCUCUUUAUACUUUGGCUCCCCCUUUCCAACAGAAGGCAGUCCGCUCGGCUCUUUGCCUCUUUAUAUAGCGCCGCAUCACUCCAUCUGCCCAACUUGGUGCCCUCUCGAGCUCGGCGAGACCAGAUCAUCUCUGGAGGAGUACUCGCCAUCUCGCUGUUCAUAGUUCGAGUUUUUUGCUGCCGGUUUGGAGGAAGCUAUCCUCCUCUGUCGACGACAAGAAGACCGCAACCGGAUAUGAGGUGAUCAAUUCAGGUGUAUCUUCUAAAAGGGUGAUCAAACCAGGUAGCAUGGUAUAAGGACACAAUGGAGCUCUACCCCGGAUACCUUGAAGACCACUUCAACAUUCACAAGCUUAGCGGGACCGGCGGCGCGUCCCCGCCGGAGUACAUGACCUCGGCGCAGUACGCGCCGGCGCCCCUCAGGAUGGGGAUGUACGAGCGCGCCCAACCGCCGCAGCAGCACCAGCAGCAGCAGCAGCAGCACCAGCUGCAGCCGGUGCUGGGCAUGUGGAGCAGCGAGCCCUACAAGGUCGACAGCGGCGGCCAGGCCACCAGCGGGUCCAGCAUCAUGGAGCCCGACGCCAAGUUCGACCACGCAGGGCUAGACGAAGAUCCGCAGAUGGACGAACUGGAGACGGCGGGCGACGCCGAUCAGGAAGCCAGCAAGCCAAGAGAAAAGGUCUUGAGAAGACUCGCACAGAACAGAGAAGCUGCCCGCAAAAGCCGCCUCAGAAAAAAGGCUUACAUCCAGCAGCUAGAGUCGAGCCGGAUAAAACUGGCGCAGCUGGAGCAAGAGCUGCAGCGCGCGAGGCAGCAGCAGGGGGUGUACGGGGGCAGCAACCCGGGGACGAGCCUGCAGCGCCACCACGGGGGCUCGGCCGGCCUCGGGUUCGCGGCGGCGGGGCAGAUGAUGGACCCCGGCGUGGCGGCGUUCGAGAUCAAGUACGGGCACUGGGUGGACGAGCAGAAGCGGCACACGGAGCAGCUGCGGAGCGCGCUGCAGCAGGGGCAGGGCACGUCGGAGCUGGAGCUGCAGAUGAUGGUGGAGACCGGGCUCGCCAACUACGACGACCUCUUCCGGAUCAAGGGCGCCGCCGCGCAGUCCGACGUCUUCUGCGUCAUGUCGGGGCUCUGGAGGUCCCCCGCCGAGCGCUUCUUCCUCUGGAUCGGCGGCUUCCGGCCGUCCGAGGUCCUCAAGAUCUUGAGCCCGCAGCUGCAUCCGAUGACGGAGGCGCAGUCGGUGGCGGUGUACGGGCUGCAGCUGACGUCGGCGCAGGCGGAAGACGCGCUGUCGCAGGGGAUGCAGAAGCUGCAGCAGACGCUGGCCGAGUCCCUGACCGACCCAUUCGCCGCCCCCGACGCCUACAUGGUCGGUGCCGUGGAGAAGCUCAAGGGCCUCGUCGGCUUCGUGCAGCAGGCGGACCACCUCCGGCUGGAGACGCUGCAGAACAUGCACAGGAUCCUGACGACGCGGCAGGCGGCCAAGGGCUUGCUCGUGCUGGGGGACUACUUCCAGCGCCUCCGCGCGCUCAGCACGCUCUGGGCGGCCCGCCCGCGCGAGUCGGCCAUAAGCUAAACUCUACUUCCUACUCACUUAGCAAUGGCGGAAGCAGAGAAAGGUCGAUGAUGGCGCAGAAGAAGGUAGUACGUACGUACGUAGUAAUCCAUCCGCUGGCCAGCGGAGGACGAAGAGAUCAUCCAUCUCGCUGGGUUGAAGGGAGAACCGGAGACGAUCGAGGUAGGCAUUCAGAGCCGCGCCGUAUGUAAGCGCGCGCGCGCGUACGUGCUCGCUAUCUUGCAUAUUUUCCAGAUGAUGACAGGGUAAACCAGGGUAAUUAAUCAGAGGUGGGCUGAUCGAGGAUGUGUAAAUACUUCAUAUUUUGGUGUGAUGAUGGUGGAUGGUGUAGCGAUGAAAUUGCUAUAAGAAAUUACACAGGGAGGAAUUGUAGCGCUGGUGAUCCGGUAUAUAUCAUGUAAUUGUUUGUGGUUAGGGUGUUGAUCGUACUGUAUAUGGAGGAAAUGUUUUGGUAAA